AAUAUCGACCUAUCGGGGCGAUAACAACAUUGACGAAAACAAAGCAAUUCGCGUAUAUAUAUAAUAUUUGGCAGUAUUUAUUAUCAUUUCGUCAAAAGUCGUCGCAAACGCGCCUCAAACAAUCUAUAUAUACACACCCAAGUUUCGUUUGCCUGCUGCGUUAGUGUGGAAUUUCUUUUGCAUGUUGGAGCGAACACAGCAAAGGAAAAUCUCUACACUGAGGCAACAACGCAACACCCUGCGACCUCGAGACGCAGCCAGUGCAAUACAUUGAAAUGCAAAAUUACGGCGUUGGAGCUGCUGCUGCUACUGCUGCAGCUCCAACGGUCAAACGCCGUACGGACAGCUAUGAGGCUGCACAAAACCAUCCACAUACGCCCAGCAGCGGCGAGAACUCCCGUUGCGAAAGCGAUGAAGAGUAUGUAAACACCAGGAUCUUGCGGCGACGCAUGGAGCUACAGUCGACGCCUGUCGUGACGGUGGCGCCAACAUCAGCUACAGCAACAGCCCCAACAACAGCACAGGGUCAUGUGGAGCAGCCGGAGUUUCCGGCGGCCACAUCCUCGGCCUCAUCGUACAACGAGGAGCGCAUGCGACGCAAACUUCAAUUUUUCUUCAUGAAUCCCAUAGAAAAGUGGCAGGCCCGACGAAAGUUUCCCUAUAAAUUUGUGGUGCAGAUUGUGAAGAUUAUUCUGGUGACCAUGCAGCUGUGCCUGUUCGCUCACUCGCGCUAUAAUCACAUCAACUAUACCUGGGAUAAUCGUAUCGCAUUCUCGCACCUGUUUCUCAAGGGUUGGGACUCGUCGCGCGAAGUUGAGAGCUAUCCGCCCGCCGUGGGACCUUUUGCGUUGUAUGAGAAGACCGAGUUCUUUAAUACGGUUCAGUUUGCGGUGGACGGGUAUGGCAAUAUGAGUCGUUCCAUUGGACCCUACUAUUAUCCCACGUCGAAUAAUACUAUGCCACCGCUGACGCUGUGCAUGCAAAACUAUCGUGAGGGCACAAUUUUUGGGUUUAAUGAAUCCUAUAUCUUUGAUCCGCAUAUCGAUGAGCUGUGCGAGAAACUGCCGCCAAAUGUCUCCAGCAUUGGUGUGCAGCAAUAUUUAAGCGAUCAGGGUGUGGAUGUCAAUUUCGCAUCGCUGGUAACAGCCGAGCUGACGUUUAAGAUCAAAACUGUCAAUUUUAAGGCCAACGGCGGUGCGUUGUCUGCUCCCGAUUGCUUUAGGUUCGACGUAUCCAUACUGUUUAACAAUCGGGAUCACGAUGGCCAAGUGCUGUUAUCCCUUGAUGCGGAGGCAACGCGAUUAAAGUGCAAGGGAGACACGGAUUUCAUUUCGGAAGCGCGUUUCGAUGCAAUAUUGAGAAGUAUUCUUAAUAUCUUUGUGCUAAUGACCUGCGCCCUAUCCUUUGCCCUCUGCACUCGCGCGCUCUGGAGAGCCUAUUUGCUGAAGUGCACCACAAAGAACUUCUUCCGUUCACAUUUCGGCAAAGAACUCAGCUUUGAUGGUCGUCUGGAGUUUAUUAACUUUUGGUACAUUAUGAUCAUCUUUAAUGAUGUUCUGCUUAUCAUUGGUUCGGCACUGAAGGAACAAAUCGAAGGCCGUUAUAUGGUUGUGGAUCAGUGGGAUACCUGCUCGCUAUUUCUGGGCAUUGGCAAUAUGCUGGUGUGGUUUGGUGUGCUGCGCUAUUUGGGCUUCUUCAAGACCUACAAUGUUGUAAUACUCACGCUCAAGAAAGCAGCACCGAAAAUUCUUCGGUUUCUCAUUGCCGCUCUGCUGAUCUAUGCGGGUUUCGUAUUCUGUGGCUGGCUUAUAUUGGGGCCCUAUCACAUGAAGUUCCGAUCGUUGGCAACGACCUCCGAGUGCCUGUUUUCGCUGAUCAAUGGCGACGACAUGUUUGCAACGUUCGCGACCCUCUCCAAUAAGGCCAACUGGCUGUGGUGGUUCUGUCAGAUUUAUUUGUACUCUUUCAUUUCAUUAUAUAUCUAUGUGGUGCUAUCACUGUUUAUAGCUGUUAUUAUGGACGCAUACGAUACAAUUAAGAAGUACUAUAAAGAUGGAUUUCCCAUCUCCGAUCUCAAGGCGUUUGUGGGCACUCGCACCGCCGAGGACAUUAGCUCUGGUGUAUUCAUGAACAAUUUGGAUGACUUUGAGCAGACCAAUUUUCUAGAUAUUAUGAGAAGCGUUUGCUGCUGCAGCUGCUGCAAACGUCGCGCGGAACCCACCCAAGGCAAUAGCGGCUACACAAGCCUAUCUAGUAUUAUGAAAUAGUAUGAUGCGCCAUAGAACUUGCAGGUGUUUUGUUUUAAUAUCUUGUAGUUUAGUUCAAAAUGUUGUUAGCUUGUUGUAUUUUGAUUUUACUUCCUCUUUUUUUGCCAAAGCAUGAUCCCUAAAGUACGUACUGUGAGAAAUUUCAAUAACCCAACUGCCAGCUUCUAAGUGAAUUCAUUUUUUUUCUAAUCCAACAAUGACGAUACGCGCAGCUGACAAGUUUAGUUAAGUUCAAAGAUAAUUUUUGAUUCGAAACACUAUGAAAACAGAAAAAAACAAAACCAACCAAACAUCUGUGUGUGAUAUAAGACAGAAGAACAAUAGAAGUAAUACUAACAUGGUAAUUUGUUAGCAAUAUAGGCUUGCAUCGAGAUCUUCCAUGUGUACAGUGUAUCCAAACGAGUUUACGUACAAAUAAGAAAGUCACUGGGUUAUUCAAUUACAAUAUUCAAUUGGAUAAUCCUAUAAGUUUAAUCUAUUUAUGUUUACAAUGAAACGCUUGUAAAAUAUCCAAAAAUAUAACUGUUGAAUCCGUUUAA